ACUAUUUUUAAUUAUAAUAUAACAUUAUGAUUCUCAAAUCAAAUGAUUGAAUGUUAAUUAUAAAACCUGCUGACUUGAUAGAUAGGAACCCGCCAAAUUUUUUAAAAUGUUUGUUGUAAAAAGAAAUGGAACUCAACAAAGCGUUAUGUUUGAUAAGAUAACCUCAAGGAUCACAAAAUUGUGUUAUGGGUUGAAUAUGAAUUAUGUGUUGCCACCCUUGAUAACUCAAAAGGUUGUUAAUGGACUCUAUCCAGGUGUUACAACUAUUGAAUUAGACAAUUUAGCAGCUGAAACUGCUGCUACUAUGACAACCAAGCACCCUGAUUAUGCCAUAUUAGCUGCAAGAAUAGCCAUAUCUAAUCUUCAUAAAGAAACAAAAAAAAGCUUUUCACAAAGUAUUAGUGAUUUGUACAACUAUGUUAACCACAAAAAUGGAUUGCAUUCACCCAUGGUUUCAUAUCAAACCUUUCAGAUAGUAAUGGAAAAUGCAGAAAUUUUGGAUUCAGCCAUUGUUUAUGAAAGGGAUUAUACAUACAAUUACUUCGGAUUUAAAACCCUGGAAAGAUCCUACUUGCUGAAGAUAGACGGUAAAGUAGCUGAAAGGCCCCAGCAUUUGCUCAUGAGGGUUUCUGUUGGGAUCCACGGGAAAAAUAUAGAUUUGGCCCUGCAAACCUACGAGCUCAUGUCCACCAAGUAUUUCAUACACGCCUCACCUACUCUCUUCAAUUCGGGUACCUGUAGACCUCAAUUAUCUAGCUGCUUCUUGCUAACCAUGAAAGAGGAUUCGAUAGAAGGAAUAUACACCACUUUGAAGCAAUGCGCUCUUAUAAGCAAAUCCGCUGGUGGAAUAGGCCUAAACGUGCAUUGCAUCAGAGCUUCCGGUAGCUAUAUAGCUGGAACGAAUGGUAAUUCCAAUGGACUUCUCCCAAUGCUUAGAGUCUAUAAUAAUACGGCACGAUACGUGGACCAAGGAGGGAAUAAGAGACCUGGAGCCUUUGCUAUAUACCUGGAGCCUUGGCAUGCCGACGUUUUCGAGUUUCUGAAUUGCAAGAAAAACACUGGUAAGGAGGAAAGUAGGGCUCGAGAUCUGUUUUACGCCCUUUGGAUACCCGACCUCUUUAUGGAGCGGGUUCAGUCCGACGGCCAAUGGAGUCUCAUGUGUCCUCACGAUUGUCCAGGCCUUUGCGAGGUCUGGGGAAAUGAAUUCGCCGAGCUUUAUACUAAGUACGAAAAAGCAGGUAAAGUCCGCCGAACCAUCAGAGCCCAAGAGCUUUGGUACGCCAUCAUUGAGAGCCAGACCGAGACCGGAACUCCGUAUAUGCUCUAUAAGGAUGCUUGCAAUUCUAAAUCCAAUCAACAAAAUAUCGGUACCAUCAAAUGUUCAAACCUUUGCACAGAGAUUGUGGAAUACUCCUCACCCGAUGAGGUGGCUGUAUGCAAUCUGGCUUCCCUAGCCGUCAAUAAUUAUGUGGAAUGGGAUGCUAACAAAAAGCCUUUCUUCAAUUUCCCCAAACUUCAGGAGGUGACGAAAAUCGUGACUGCUAACCUGGAUAAGAUCAUAGAUAUCAAUUAUUACCCCGUGCCAGAGGCUGAAAGAUCUAACAAACUUCAUAGGCCGCUGGGUAUAGGGGUGCAAGGACUUGCUGACGCGUUCAUUCUAAUGAGAUAUCCCUUUGAUAGCCCCGAAGCUAAAGAACUCAAUAUCCAGAUAUUUCAAUGUAUUUACCAUUCGGCUUUGACUGCCAGCUGCCAACUGGCCCAGAAAUUAGGGAUUUAUUCAUCUUACGAAGGAAGCCCAGUCUCUAAAGGGAUGCUUCAAUACGACAUGUGGCCUGGCGUGAAACCUGCGAACACCGAGCAUUGGAAUUGGGACACUCUUAAGGCCGAAAUAGCCGAACACGGGAUAAGGAAUUCUCUGCUUUUGGCUCCUAUGCCCACUGCAUCUACCGCUCAAAUCCUGGGGAAUAAUGAAAGUAUCGAACCUUACACCACCAACAUAUACACCAGGAGAGUUCUCUCUGGAGAAUUUCAAAUAGUCAAUCAUCAUUUGUUGAAAGAUCUGACGGAUUUGGGCCUUUGGAACGACGAUAUGAAGAACCAAAUGAUAGGUAGUAUGGGAUCUAUACAAAAGAUAGGCUCUAUCCCACCAAAUAUUAAAGCUUUAUACAAAACAGUUUGGGAAAUAUCUCAGCGAGUUAUUAUUGAUAUGGCAGCUGACAGGGCUCCGUAUAUUGAUCAGAGCCAAUCACUUAACUUGCACAUUGCUCAACCCACUUACGCUAAGCUUACGUCCAUGCAUUUUUACGCCUGGAAAAAGGGCCUAAAAACCGGGAUGUAUUACCUCAGAACCAAACCUGCAGCCAACGCUAUUCAAUUCACUCUUGACAAAACAAAACUCGCUAAGAGUAUCGCAAAUAAUGGGGUCGUCGAUACGGAAAUAAAUGAAAAUGAUACCCAAUCAAAUUCCGAAGAAAAUGAAGAAAGCUUGGACAACAUAUCAGCCGACUCUCAAAACGUCGAAUUUAAAAGGAAUCACGACACUUUGCUCAAACAAAAUGGCCGACCUGAGCUGGAUGACGAAAAUUUAUCGGAGCACGAAAAGGCGAAAUUAUUAUGUUCCCUCAAAGACAAGGAGGCCUGUUUAAUGUGCAGUGGAUGAAAUAAAAGAAAUUAAUAUAUCCCUUCAUAUUUUUUUUUAUAAUUUUAAAAAAAAAAAAUGUUUGUAAUUAUUUAGAAACUUAUAUUAUAUGCACCAGUGACAUAAUUUGUAUAUUAACCACCUAUAACUAGCGUUGUUAAACAUUGAUUUUGGCCAAGAUAAUGUUAAGUGAGCCCUAGAGAUUUGACAAAGAGAGGUUCUGUAUUCUGCCACCUUUGAGCAACAUUUCCAGGCUUUACGUAAUAUUAUUUUGACUAAAAUCUUAAUCGGGCCGUAUUUUUUUAAAAAA